AGAGUCCACAAAAUUCAGCUCUAUUCUGUAAAGGUUGAUCCCGAUAUGGUUCUUAGCACGAAUAGCAUAGCCAUGGCUACCUUUAUACGGAGGAGUCCAUCUGAGGAUGUAAUUGCCAUGACGGAGACGACAGGCGACGAGGAGCUUCGCCCUGUCCCCAAGGAACGAGCGAUCCUGGAGAGCUUCUUCACCCAGCUCGGGGUGUUUUCAUUCGACCGGGCCAAAGACUACGUGGAAAGGGAGAAAGACAGCAGCCGGAGCGCCGGGGCUAUCUGGGCCUCUUUCCUCGCUGCCCUGGCCCACCUGGCCGCGGCGGAGAAAGCCUACCAUAACAUGACUUUUCUAGGGCAGAAAAUAGGUGGGCAGUCGUUUUUCAGUCGGAAGGACUCGAUCAGGACCCUCUACACCUCCUUGUACAACGAGCUGAAGAAGGUGGCGACCACCGGGCGCAACGCCACGGGCGGCACGGCUCCCUACCUGGAGGACCUGCUGUCCCACCUGUCGGAGCAGCUGUGCUUCUUCAUCCAGGCCCGGGUGGAGAUCGCCGACUUCUACGAGAAGAUGCACUCACUGAGCACCCAUAAGUCCAUCAACUCGGAGGAGCUGGUGAGCUUGCUGGAACCCGUGCUGCAGAAGUACAGCUCCAGGUUUCACCACCCCAUUCUGAGCCGCCUGGAGAGCAGCUUCCAGGUGGAGGUGGACGUGCUGACCCAGCUGCUCCGGUGCCAGGCGGAGAUCUCCGAGUGGAAGUUCCUGCCCUCUCUGCUGAACCUGCGCAGUGCCCACACCAAGCUGCAUACCUGGGGCCAGGUGUUCGACAGGCAGCGUGAGACCCGAAAGCCCCUGUUCGGCAGCCAGGUGCAGAAGGCCUCGCAGCCGCCCCACCUGUACCUCUGGUUGCAUCGCUUCCAGCAGACUCUGCUGGCCAAGUUCACUUUCUACUUCCACGAGGCCUUGAGCCGGCAGACCACGGCGUCUGAGAUGAAGGCCCUCACGGCCAAGACCAGCCCCGACUACUACGGCAAAGUGUCCAGCUUCAUCCGCAAGUGUGACGCCCUCAAUGUCUCGCUCGUCUUCGACAAUCGUGGCUUGGAGAGCUUCCAGGGCCACGGCUACCACCACCCAGACUCGUACCGUGAGGCCCCCAAGGGUGUGGACCAGUACCCAGCCGUGGUGUCCCUGCCUAGUGAGCGGCCCGUCACGCACUGGCCGAGCGUCAUCAUGAUUAUGAGCGACCGGGCCUCGGACCUCAACACACUUGACAAGGUGGUGCAUUUCUACGACGACAAGGUUCAGAGCACCUACUUCCUGACCCGCCCUGAGCCCCACUUUACCAUCGUAGUCAUCUUUGACUCCAAGAAGUCGGAGAAGGACUCGCACAUCGUUUCCUUCCUACAGGAGCUUUCUGGCUCGCUGAGGAACUCCAAGCCCUUCACCACUCUCAAGCCGGGCUCCAAAGGCUGAGUCAGCCCUUGUCGGAGAAGAGCAACUGGAAAAUUUGACUUGAGCUGGGCAGUGAGACGGAUUUGCUUGUGGUGUGGCUUAGAAAAAUUCUGUAGUUGGUCAAUGAAAAUCAGCUAAAGUGCUGAAUUUGCUUUCAGUUCUUGACAUUUAAAUUAAUUUAACUGAAGAAUAAAGGAAGAGCUAAGAUUUCUUUGAACAUUGGUUAGCUUUGUGACAGUUGCACUAGCAUGAUCAGACCAGUUCAUGUCCUAAAUGAUCGCUCUAUCUGCACUAUGCACAGCUUGCAUAGAUGCGUUCCAUCCUACCUAAGUAUUGUGUUUAGCUUAAGAGGGUACAGAGUUAGUGGUUUAUCUGACCCUUCAAACUUGGUCUCACUGGUAUGUGUCUCAUGGAGGGCAAGAAAAAGGUAAAAAUAUAAUUUCACCAAGGGGAUUGAUAUUUAGUGAUAUUAAUAUUCUACAUAGACUUGACAAACCAAAAACAACAAAUAAUGCACAAUGCCCAUGCUAGCAUGGUGCCACAAAUUCCAAUUACUUAUAUAAAAAGUCAGUUUUAUAAAGUGUAAGCACUGGAGGAACUUCUGAGCGGAACGUGUCUGUAGUGAAUGUGUAGAACCGUUUGGGUCCUGGCUUUGCUGAAGAAACACGCUGCUCUAGUCUGUGUGCUAGUGGACUGAGUGUUGAUGAGAUUGUGUCGAGUAUUGAGCUGAGAAGAAGCUGGACCAGUGGAGUUCACCUCCAACCAGGAGAGUCUCCACUGCUGCAAAGACACAUGAAAUGGGGGUCCAACUUUUUUCGUACUGCCAUUUUUGAUUUUGCCUUAAGUGGAGCUCGAGAUGUAAACCUCAUUAACGAGCUGAAUUCUGCAGCCAUGAACUGCCCAGACGACGGUCCCCUUUCUCAUCCUCUUCUGUAACUGCUGUCACCAUUCCAUCUGUAAAGGCUAAAAGCUCAAUGUUUACAUUUGUGACUUAGCAGUUCGUCUCAUUUUUAAUAAAAGAUGGUAAAAAAAAA